UCAGAUCAGUUAGAUGUAUAUAAAUUUUCAUCAACUUACAGCUACAUACAAUCGUUCAGUCAUAUUAUAUGUAUUUGCUAGUAAUUUGAAAAACAAUUAUUGUCUCUCUCGAUAAUGGGGGACCGUGACAUCCCAAGUGUUCCCGUCACAACAUUAGCUGGCCUAACCAGCACUUCUGAUUUGCUCAGCGAAUUGCCUGUAUCCGAUUGUCUACAGAGCGCUGCAUCUUUUAAUAAAUCACUGUUGUUCCAUUCUUUGGUGGCCAAUGAAUCCAAUAAUCUACUGUCAGUCCGCGAUGAAAAUCUAGUAAGGCAGUUGGUGAAUGCCAUCGAACAAACGAACUCUGACAAUAUAGAACUAAAGCCUCAAUAUGCCAUACAGCAACAUGGUGCUAAUAUUAGUACGUAUCCUGAACUACUGCAGGGCAUUUACAACUAUCGCCCAACUGUAUUUAACACUCCACGGCGGGCCGCAAUAAAUGACCACACGAUCCAGGAAAAGUUACAGAAAGACCAUCCCACGCAUUCCAAGCAAAUAGGUGUUGUUAAUAAUGCUAACGAUAUUUGUCAGGAAGCAUAUAGUUUAAAUGUUGACCAUCAGCAGCAUCCAUAUCGAAAGGAAUAUGUGAAACAGUCAAUCAGCGCUGAUGGUACGAGUCAAUUACCUGAUCAGCCUGAUGCUAGAUCAAGUACACUUCAAUUAGAAUAUAUCGAAAAUCCUAUAGUGGGGCAGACUGCCAUGAUAGGAACCGACGUCUCUCGAGUAAAUACAGUAAUACGGGAAGAGCAACAAUCGUCCCAAAUUCAAGCACUCAACACCAAUCAACAUGUACAGCCUCUCCAACCGUAUUAUCAGCAAUACGAACAACAAGAUCCCAUUAAUAUACCAAAAAGCAAAAUCAGUUCAUCGAUUGCCCAUCACCAAUUACACCAGAAUGCAUUUCAAGCUCCGUCAACAACUACAUCCACAAUUCAAGGAAAUUUUCAGAAUGUAUUGAACUUACAAAGACAGCAAGUCGCCGAUGGAGCGAUAUCACAGCAUCAAGUCUUAAAAUCCCAGCAACAAUGCACCAAACCUCCAUCCCCUUUAACGUCGCUGGUGACUGCGGCAAAUAAUAAUACAUUUGUAAACGACUAUAAUCAAUGUACAAAUCUUACAUCAACUGCCACCUCAGCAUCCACAUCUUCAAGCGGCAAGUCCCAGGUUCGGGUAUGUAUAAAUCGUCUUAACGUUGAGGAUGCUCGUAUUCUGCAACAGAGUAUUAAAAAGUUUGUACAAAAGUCACCAGAAAUGGCUAGAAAUAUGGGGUUACUACAAGAAUCAACUAACAAGCACCCUGUUAGUGAAUACCUCCCAUUGGCUGUUGAUUUCAAUGCAUCUGGGCUAUCUGGUAUUCCGACGACCGAGCCUACAGUCGCCAGCACUGCGCAAUCAUCUGCAGAUAUGUUUACUGUUAUUAAAGCAGAUGAGAAACGUACUGGAACAAAAAGAAAAUUAGCCAUUUGUCUCGGUGAUAUUCCUCCAGAGCAAAUAUUCUCCAAACCCAAACUUCGGCGAGUUGAACGUAUAUUGGCCCUGCCAACACCAAAAGGAACUAAAGAAGAAGUUAUCCGUUCCCAAACAUACCAACAAUUUAUGAAGAAUAUGGAGCAAAUAAUUGAAAUGCUAGAUGAUACUGAGCCCCCUAACUUUGAUACAGAAGAUGUCGAUGAUAAUAUAGAGUGCAUUUCUCCAAAACUACUUAAUACAAUGAGUGAUGAUGUUGCUAAGUUAAAAGCCAAGCAAGCCUUGGACUCAAUUCCAAAAAACAAACUGACUCUGCUUAUCAACUACGCCAUGCGAAAUGUUUAUUUGGCUAGAAAUUAUUCUGCUGGACAGGAAGACGAAGAUGAUAUAGUUGAUGAUGAAGUAAUAGAAAAAAUAUUGAACGCAAUGGAUGCGUGUCUACUCAUAUGCAAUAUUUAUUCAACAGUGAGCGACUUGAAGUUUUUGCAAGAAGAUAAUAUAUCACACAUUAUUAAAUUUGCUCAAUUUCAACUGCGUGAAACUAUAUUUCCCUUACACGAUCCUGUCUACACAGUAAAAAGUGUAAAGAAAACUAGUCAACGUAAAAAAGCUAAGUCGCAUCAAGGUCACCAUCGCAGCUUACAACUUUUUUAUUCUAAAGUUGUCGAGCUUUUAAAGGUAUUCGUGGCGCUCUUCGACAAAUGUAUAUUUGUUGAUACCAUCGUUCUACCGUUAUCAACUCUCGCUAUUGAGCCAUUCUUCGUUGACAAUAUUGAAACACUACAGUUUGUUUGUUUGGAGCUGGUUACAACAAUAUUUCGCAAAGAAAGAUACGAUAAAAUACGGAACAGUAUUUUAGGCGAUAUUCUAUCAUCUAUUGAUCGUUUGCCUUCAUCAAAAAAGAAUCUUCGUCCAUAUAAACUUACAAACAAUGGAGGAAAUAUUCAAAUGGUUACUGCACUUGUGCUGCAAUUAAUACAGUGCGCAACAAUUUUAACAGAUUCUCUUUGUGAUGGCGGUAAAAUGAAUACAAAAUUUGUACAAGUUAUUGAUAAUGAUGAUGAUUUACCAAGUGGUGCUACACAAAUCAUAAAACCUAACCAGGAUAUUCUUGUACUAAAAAAGUACGAUGUCGCAGUUAGUAUUGGUGGCAAUUUUUUGACGACCUUUUUAAAUAAAUGCAAGUCUCGCACCAACGAAACUGACUUCCGUCCGCUCUUCGAAAAUUUUAUUCAUGAUCUAUUAGCUACUGUUAACAAACCCGAAUGGCCAGCUUCAGAGCUGUUACUUUCGUUGUUGGGAACUAUGCUAGUUCGUUACGUAUCUGAUAAAUCUAUAGAACAGAGUAUUCGCCUUGUUUCGUUGGAUUAUCUUGGAAUCGUAGCAGCUCGUUUGCGAAAAGAUACUGUUGAGUCUCGUUGCAAAGUAAAUAUCAUUGAUUCCAUGAUUAAAUCAAUUAAAGCAGAGCAAGAAAAAGAAGGGGACUUACCUAUAGCAAACUUGAAAAUAGAGCUUCAUCCUGAAGAGCAGCGAACGGAGUUUCUUCAAAAAAUUCUUCUAGAUUUUCUAGCUGUAAAUGCACAAGAGGAGAAUUUAAUAUGGGACUAUGCGCGGCAUUUUUAUUUGGCUCAAUGGUACCGCGACGUAAUCUACCAGCGGCGGAGAAUAAAAGAAGGCGAUAAAGGGUUUGCUUCAAAGAAACCAAAGUCUCGUUUAAAUCAACGAACUGCUGACUACUCUGAUACAUCAGAUUCAGGGUCCUGUGAUGAAAAUGAUCCUGACGACUCUAAUAAAAAUGGCAAUCGCCCCGUUAACGUUGUGGACUAUGAACUGAAUCUUGAAAUUUUUAAUGUUUUAGAAGAACGAAAACAGUACUUGAUUAGUAAAAUUAAACCAUAUCCCUUGGGAGAACAAAGUCAUCAACACAUAAAGACUUAUAUAGAUUAUAAUAAUGCACAGUUGAUAGCUCAAUAUUUAGCUACGAAACGCCCAUUUAGUCAAUCAUUUGAUGGAUGUCUUAAAAAAAUUAUUUUAGUCGUAAAUGAACCAUCAAUCGCUGUGCGAACGCGAGCAAUGAAAUGUCUAGCUAAUAUUGUUGAAGUGGAUCCGCUGGUACUAAAGCGAAAAGAUAUGCAAAUGGGUGUUAAUCAAAAAUUUCUAGAUACGGCUAUAUCAGUGCGCGAAGCUGCAGUUGAUCUGGUAGGAAAAUUUGUUCUUAGCAAUCAGGAAUUAAUAGAUCAAUACUAUGAUAUGCUAUCGACUCGAAUAUUGGAUACUGGUGUUUCAGUAAGAAAGCGCGUGAUAAAAAUCUUACGCGAUAUUUGUAUUGAAUAUCCCGAUUUUGAAAAGAUACCUGAAAUCUGUGUAAAAAUGAUACGCCGCGUUAAUGACGAAGAAGGCAUUCAAAAGCUUGUUACGGAAGUAUUUAUGAAAAUGUGGUUCACACCAUGUGUUAAGAAUGACAAGCACGGUAUACAACGGAAAAUUAAUCAAAUCAUUGAUGUGGUGAACACAGCACAUGACACCGGUACAACUUGGUUGGAGGGUCUUCUAAUGAGCAUUUUUAAGCCAAAAGAAAAUAUGGUUAAACUUGAUGGAAGUACCCAGGAAACUGUUAAAAAGAAUACCGAACCACCACAAGAGAUUGUAUUAGCUUGCCAGCAAUUAGCUGAUGGUCUUGUGGACAGGCUAAUUGAAUUGGAAGACACUGACAAUGCACGAAUGCUUGGAUGUAUAACUACACUUCAUUUGCUAGCUAAAGUACGGCCUCAACUCUUGAUCAGGCAUGCUAUGACAAUAGAGCCUUAUUUAAAUAUUAAAUGCCAUUCAGCAUCUGCUGCAAAAUUUAUUUGUGCUGUGGCUGAUAUUCUCGAAAGGGUUGUGCCUCUAGUUAACAAUGCGAGUGAAUCAUUUUUGGCGUCUUUAGAAGAACAUCUGAUGCUACUGGUAGUUUCACGAAAUCAGGCUGAGGUUACCAGUUGUGUUUCUUGUUUGGGAGCGCUUGUAAAUAAGAUUACAAAAAAUUUUAAAUUAAUUCGCGACUGUUUUCAAAAGUUUUAUCGUGUUCUGGAGUUGUCUAGGAAUCAAGUCGAACAAAAUGGUUUUAAUAUUGUCAAUAUUUACACACCCAGCUUUCGGAGAAGUCUAUUUACUAUUGGUAUUUUAAUGCGAUAUUUUGAUUUUAAAUCGCCAAUAGCCUUAGGUGAAACAAAUAAUGGACUUCCUCCAACAAUAUGCGAUAACGUAUUUGAGUGCUUAAUGUUCUUUUGUGGUUGCUCAAAUCACGAAAUUCGUAAGCAGGCACUUAUAUCACUUGGCUCCUUCUGUGUUAUGAACGAUGAUUAUCUGACUCGAUCAGAGCUUAAGCAAUUUUACUGUGAUUUACUGAGGUCAUCCUCAAAUGAUGGCGGAAUAAAAAUAAUCUGUAUGCGAAAUAUUUGGAUUUAUUUGACUGAAUCUGAAAUGUUUAUGCACAAUAAAGAGAAAGAGUGGGAAAAGCAAUCAAAACACGAAGACUUAAAGGAAAUGAAUGAUGUUUCGUCUGGUAUGGCUAGUCGCAUCAUUCAGUUGUAUCUGGAAGAAAUUCUUGACUGCUUUCUUAAUCGGGAUGACGCAGUGCGGCUGUGGGCAGUGAAAGUCGUGCAAAUCGUUCUGCGUCAAGGCUUGGUACACCCAGUUAGAAUGGUACCCUAUUUAAUAUGUUUGAGCACCGAUUUAAAGGUUGAGUCAGCACAUAGAGCAGAUGCCUUAUUGAAAGACAUUGAUAAAACAUAUUCCGGGUUUGUAAAUAUGAAAGUUCAAUUCGGUCUUCAACUUUGCUUUAAACUACAGGAAAUAUUACAAGUAAACAAUAAGACGAAAAAUGAAAUAAUCCGAGGUUAUGCCAAACGUGGCCCAGAUCAAGUAACAACAGCUUUGAAUGACUUUCUAUAUACUUUACUUCGAACCACAAAACCACAGAGACGCGCGUUGGUUCAAACGGUUACAAAACAAUUCGAUGAUAAAAAAACCUCAUUGCAGCAAAUGUUAUAUAUCGCCGACAAUCUUGCAUAUUUUCCAUAUGUGGUUCAAGAUGAGCCUUUAUAUCUAAUCCAUCAAAUUGAUUUACUUAUAUCGAUGGCUGGAACGCAUCUUUUAACCACUUUUAAAGAGCAUCUUAGACCAAGUGACAAGGGAGGAGACGUUCUUGAAGAUGAUGAUGAUGAGGAAGAUGCAAAUGUUCUUUUUAGUCGUCUUCCUGAAGAUAUGACCGAAAUUAAGAAAUGUAUAACAUCCGCCCAAGCGUGUAUGCUGCUACUUGUACUGAAAGAGCAUCUAAAGGAAAUGUAUGGUCUAACUGAUGGCAAAAUAUCACGAUAUUCGCCCUCUGAGCAGAAGUUAUAUGAAAAGGCUGUAACACGUAGGAUUGUUGCAGACUUUAAUCCAAGAACAACAAUUGAUGUGAUUAAAAAGCAACCAACUCAAAAUUUUACAAGCACAGAUACUGACUGUUUUUCUAGGGAACUAUCGAGUGACGAAAAAUUGGAUCUGGUUGUGAAAUAUUUAGAUUUUAAGCAGUUGAUGCUUAAACUGGAUCCGGAAGAUGCUGAUUCUGAUGCAGAUGAAUCUCGAGAGAAGUUAAAAUUAAAUAGUUCGGGGCUAAUAGACGAUAGUUCUUCCAAUUCAACCAGGCCUAGUCAAGUAUUAAAUGACAAGCCAAACUCCGAUUCUAUUCCAACCGUUACUUACUGUAAAAUCCAAGCAUCAUCAACAACUUUAACGGCUGAAACGUCGAGCAUCGAUACACUGAAUUUCCGUACAGCGAAAUCUUCACUCUCUCCCGCGAAGUUACAUGUGCGUAAACAAAACCAACAACGCAAUAAAAAGAAACGACGCAAAAUAAUAUCGUCUGAUGAAGAUGAUGAAUACAGUGGAGAUGACUAUUCGUGAGAUGUCUUAUUGGUUAAACCAUAAAAUACAAAAGGGAACAGAAAAUAUAUAAAAUAAUAUUGAAGUUUAGGCUUAAAUG